AUGUCGGACGUAGAAGAGACUACCGCCCCCCAGGAGGUUGAGGUUUCGGCCGAGGCCGGCAAGGGCCAGAUGUCCGUUCUGGAUGCCCUCAAGGGCGUCCUGAAGCUUUCGCUCAUGCACGACGGCCUGGCCCGCGGUCUCCGUGAGGCUUCCAAGGCCCUCGACCGCAGGCAGGCGCACAUGUGCGUCCUCAACGAGUCCUGCGAAGAGGAGGCCUACAAGAAGCUCGUUAUUGCUCUCUGCCAGGAGCACAAGAUUCCCCUCAUCAAGGUUCCUGAUGGCAAGCAGCUCGGCGAGUGGGCCGGUCUUUGCGUCCUGGACCGUGAGGGCAACGCUCGCAAGGUCGUCAACUGCUCUUGCGUCGUCGUCAAGGACUGGGGUGAGGAGUCGCAGGAGCGUACCGUCCUCCUCAACUACUUCCAGCAGGAGGCGUAA